GUGAGGGUCUCAUAUGCAUUAUGCACAGAGAGAAUAGACAUAAGGUCGCUGUCCUUGUAGCCAAGCUCGAGGAACCCGACUCUACCUCAUCCCCCCCUUGUACCGUCGUCACAGGUAGCUAGGCUUUCAUCACAGCGGCUUCAGUUACCUCCCACAUAGUAGCCGCUCAGGCCAGGUGAAAACAAACUUCUCCUGGACCUCUCGACCAGACUCUCCGGAGGCCUCUGAGUAUGGAGCCAGAGUCAGACAGCGUCAUCCACAUGCUCGCCUUCCAGGCCGCAGCGGGUCAGUUCGGUCCAGAGAUCCGUGAGCCGGGCUUGCACGCGUGGAGGGUGGAGAAGAUGAAGGCGGUGCCUUUGCUCCCCUCAGAGGUGGGAGCUUUUUAUAACGGUGACUCCUACCUGGUGCUGGAGAACCGUGGUGAGCUGGGAGCCGACCUCCACAUGUGGAUCGGUGAGAAGUCAUCCCGGGACGAGCAGGUGGCGUGUGCCAUGCUGGCCACCCAGCUGGACAACUUCCUGGGUGGAGACCCCAUCCAGCACCGACAUGUCCAAGGCUACGAGUCUCCCGAGUUUAUGAAGCUCUUCCCCAGAGGGGUCAGCUACAAGGAUGGAGGUGUGGAAUCGGGCUUCAGGAGGUCUCAGGGCUCAGGCACGGUGCGCCGCUUGUACCAGAUUAAAGGGAAACGCAACAUCCGUGCCAAGGAGGUGGAACUGUCCUGGAAGAGCUUCAACAAGGGAGACUGCUUCAUCUUGGACCUUGGGGAGGUGAUUGUGUCCUGGACUGGAUCCCAGGCCAAUGUCUUUGAGAAGCAGAAAGUGCGGGAGAUCGCCUCGCUGAUUCGCGACACAGACAGACAUGGAAAAGCUCGGAUUGUGGACACGUGCGAAGGGGAGGAGCCUGAGGAAAUGCUGAAGGUCCUGGGACAGAAGCCUGAGCUGGCUGAAAGCUCACCAGAGGAAGACAGCAAAGCAGACAUAUCCAACACGGCCUCCCUCUACAAGGUGUCUGAUGCCACCGGUUCCAUGUCGUUGACCAAAGUUGAGGGUAAGAGCCCGUUUGCCAAGGAGCUGCUGCUUUGCGACGACUGCUUCAUUCUGGACAACGGUGCCAAUGGAAAGAUCUUUGUGUGGAAAGGUUCGGGGGCCAACGCUGAGGAGAAAGACAUGGCUCUGCAGAUGGCAGACAACUUCAUUGAGAAAAUGACUUACCCCAUGAUGAAAACACAGGUGGAGAUCCUGCCUCAGGGGAAGGAGACCGUCAUGUUCAAGCAAUUUUUCAAGUGUUGGAACUAACACUAAAUAAAACAUUUCAUUCUGGUUUUUGUACCCGCAUUGACAACACUGACAUUGACAACAUGAAAGGUACUGAUGCUCUGUGUGAGCUUGUGAUACCAAUUUUAUAAAUGAAUAAAAACACAUGAACCUGAGUUGAGAUUUACACUUGGUUUCUUG